UGGGUUCUAGAGGAACAUUUAUCUCAAAAAAAAAAGCUCCAUAUACUAGUAUCUCUAUAGUGUCUCUCUCUUCGUCACUUUACUCUCUAGUACUCGGUUUCUUCUCCACCGCUUUUCACUGUUGCCAUUGCGCCACCGUGACCACCAGUGAGCCACCUGCAUCGUCUUCGCCUCCGUGCUUCUGCUACCAGGGCCGCUACUUUUGCCAAAGUUGAAACCACAUCAGCUUAUUCUGAUGAUGGGUCAGAUUUCGGUGUGUCAUCUGUAACAGCAGAGAGUGAAGAGGAGGAACUAGAUCAUCAUCUGCUGACUGUACCAAAUGGCGAUGUGGCAUUUCUGAAGGAAAAACCAGUGUGGCUUGCAAAAGCGCUCCUUUGAUUUAUUUAAUUUUUUCAUUAAUUUCCAAUAUUGGGUCCUGUUGUUUGUAGUGUAUAAAAUCUCAAGUGUCUUAGUAAACAUUUCAUCUCAAUUAAAUUGUUUGAGCUCCUCAAUAUUUUGUUUGCUGGAUCAGUGAUUGUCCAAGUGACUUGUUUGUUUCCUAUAUUGUUCUGGUUAUAGUUGGCUUUACCCUGUUGUACCAUGAAAGUUCCGACUUCUAAGUCAUUUUGGAACCUUUCUGUUUAUAAAUUGCUAAUAGCUGCUUCUGAAUUAAAAAAAAAAAAAAAAAAACACACCGUCAAAUACCUAAUUUUAUACUAUAUUGUAAAUCCCUUUUGUGUGUUUUUUUUCCAAUUGGUAGUUUUUCCAGAUGGAUGAUUACGAAACUUAUUCUAAGAUUGAAGAAUAAGGAUAGCAAAUUUAUGCAGGUGUCUUCCUUCAAGGAUAACCAGCUUCUUUCCCCCCUGGUUAUUUUGGCAUCAUGGACAGGAAGGUAUGAAGCUCAUUUGUGGGACAAGAAUUGCUGGAAUGAAUCACAAAACAAGAAAGGAAGACAAGAUUCAAUAUCACUUCUCUCCUCAUAUUAUUCUAUCUUGGUGCCUAUGAUGAUGAAGAAGCUGCUGCUCAAAGACAAACAGCCUCUCUACUGGUGGUUUGAAUGGGAUGAUGUGACUAUGUAGUUUCUAACAGGCUUGUGUUAAUUAGGUUAAAUGGAAUUAAAUCACAAGCUAUCUGCAGUUUCUGUACUAAAUUGACUGAUACUGUCUCAAGUGAAAUAGGAAAA